AUGGCCAAUCUACGGUUUGUUGUGGGUGUAAUAUUCCUUGCCUUAUUGUCCCAUGUUGCUUCCAGUCCGAUCCAUCACCCACGACGAGCUGUGCUCUUUAAUCGAGGCCUAUACUCAACGCAUACCCAAAACGCAACCGUUAUGACACUUACCGUUACCCCGACCGUCGCUGGCUCGACUAUCCCUGUGACGAUGUGUCUUGAUCUGCAAGAAGCUGGCAGUACCGGUACUCCUUCAGUUGUACCCUGUCCAAUGGUUACCACCUCGAAGAUGCCUGCAGACACCACUACCUCUGCUACGGCUACUCCAACCAGCUCCACUUCGAAGAAAGGGGGAGAAGUGCCUACGAUCGGUGUUGGGACUGGGAAUCCUCCUGUCUCAUAUCUAUAUUCAUCAUCUUGGUACUAUUUCCCAACCACGGUACCAAUCUCCAGUUCUCAUAGCCUGCCUACCUCUGUCCCAUCUUCAACCAUUCCACCUCUUACCACCCAGUCAACAAUAUCAAUGGAUACGCAAAGCAGCACUGGAAGUUCCUCUCUAUCUACGGCUGUCCCGCCAGAUACAACAGCUGCUCAAGACUCUACAACAACUAGCAGGACCCCAAUUAAAACCACAAGUCUGCCAGUAUCCACCAGCACCUCCGUGCAGGUUACGGCUUCACACAUCUCGUCGACAUCCGAGUCUCAACAACCCUUGCCCACCACUAUCUUUAAUACGACUACAAAAACAAUAUAUUUGCCACCUACCAGCUCAGCGUUCACUAUAAGUCAUACUACUAUCCCAACAACGACUUCUGUUGCAUACCCGGGCUGGAACACCACCCUUCCGUCCUUCAGCACUAUCACGCAAUCAAUCACAACGUCAACCACUGUGACUUCGAGCUUCUCUUCAAAUUCCCUCACUAGCCCCGUUACUACCAGUUUGCCUUCAUCCACAUCAAUCAUUCAGUCGACCAUUCAGUCCUCAGCCACUAGUACACCAUCGACCAGCAGCUCAUUAGUCACUUCUACCCCCGAACCGGCUACGCAGUCAGCAACUAUGACAUAUCCUUCAUUUAGCAGCACUCUAUCCUCUGUCACCACAAUCCCAUCAGAAACAUCAACUUCGCAGGCAGUAACUUCUACUUAUGCUCCUGCUCCCCCACCGGCUGAAACUCCUACCACUUCCUCAAACCCUCUUGUUGUAAUUCCAGUCACAGACGCAGCCCCUGCCCCAACAGGAAUCGAACUCAUACCUAUAGAGCCUUAA